UUAAAAAUGAAAUUCGUUUUUCUUAUUUACCGCUUAAAUCUUCAAAAGAUCAAUCAUUUCACCUAAAAAUCUGUGUUAAUGCUUUACACAUAUAAAAGAUAAAACACUCGAACUUUUUUUGUUGGUUACGCUCAUACCAUUGCACUUGUGACUGUGGCAAUCGUUGCUUACAUGACAAGUAAACGAAGGUAUAUUAAAAACAAAACAAAUGUCGGGUUCCCGAAAUCGCGACGAUGUAAAUAUGUUGUCGGUAAAAGAAGAAAAUGUAUGCGAUAUGGGUGAAUACCAGUCGAUUUUUGAAAAGUUGAAAAAGCUUCAUGAAAUUGCUAGAACCAAUGACGAACCCUCUACCUCCAGUACAAAUAAUAAUGAGAAUAAAUUGGCUCCGAAGCGUAAAACUGAUCUAGAUUUAGAUGUUUUAAGCGACGAUAGUGCUUUGAAUGCUACAAAUAAAACAAAACGCCGGCGAUUUUCGGACAGUCAAGAUUAUAGCGAGAGUGGUGAGUUUGAUGUGAGAGAUUAUUGCCCGCAAAAUAACAACAAAAUGUAUGUUAUAUCCAUAUCAAAUUUACCCGGCGAAUGGACUUAUGACAAAAUAAAACAAUAUGUUACUGAUGAGUGUGGUGUGAAUGUGGUCAAAAUGACAGAUUCAAGAUCAGAUAGAUCAGAUUAUCAGUUGCGAUUAAGAUUUAGCAAUGAGGAGCAGUAUAAGAAUGUUCUUGGCAAAUUGAAAUGCAAAGAGGUUGAGGGAAAACUUAAAGUGGUGGUAAUAGAUGAGGAUGAUAGUGACAGUGACACUUCAGAUACCACUUUUAUUAUUGGAAAGAGCGAUAUAAAAAGUGAGGAAAAAUCUUGGAAACAGGAUGACACUGAGUGGGAGCCAGAAGGUCUUUACGGUUUGAAACCAGAGUUUCUUCAGAGCUUAAAUAUAAAGCCCCCUCUCACUAAAUGGAUACAUGUGACAAAUUUCAGAUGUGACAAAUCGGAAUUGAGGGAUGUGUUUGAAAUGGCGGGUCGGGUUAUUAGCUGUAUAGUCGUGAAUACUAUAAAUAAAUAUGCUAAGGUCAUGUACAGCCAUCCUCUUGAAGCAGUUCAGGCAAUUUCAAUGUUGAACGGCCAAUUCUUUUAUGGGCAACGUUUGAAUGUGUCAUUAGACCCGUACGCGGAGACCGCUUUGCCGCUGCCCAAGGGCCUGCUUAGUUAUGGCAUCGGCUUUGGGGAAUCGGGGAAACCCCUACGCGAUGUUGUCUCGGAAUUUGAACGUUUCGUCAUGGGACAACAUUCGAAUAUUAACUCGUCCCUAUUCUGCCCGGCGCAGAAAACCCCCAUGGAGCCUUAUGUUCCCGUUAAACGGAGCCAUAGCUCCGAAAAUCUUGGCCAAUUCGGUCCGAUUGGACAGAAAAAAACAACGCUGAGUACAGAUGAUAAUAGAGGAACUAAUUUGAAACACGUGAAUUAUCCCUUCGCAAAUAGUCCCAGACCUGGACCGAGUAGUAUACCCUAUGGACCAAGGCCGCAAAAUGGGCCAAUGUUAUCCAAUAGAAUGACUCCGCCAGGCACUGGGCCAAUGCCUGGCCCAAAUAUGCGUCCAGUGUUACCAUCUCAUAAUAUUCCUAUUAGAUUACCUGGACCGAACAUGCCAGCUCCACCUGGCUGCAAUCCUGGCCCUAAUUUACAACCUCCUCAGUUCCAUGGUCCAAAUUACCCAGGCCCGCUAGGCCCUAACCAAGGGUUACUCCUGCAGGGCCAAAAAAGACCUAUGUAUCCCGGCUCAGGGCCCAAUUUUGUCGGACCUGGACCAAAUUUUCAAUGUCCUCCAAGCAACCAAGGACCGAUGGGUCCGAAUUUUCCCCAAAAUCUCCCUCCAGGCGGUCCCAACUUCCAAAGUCCUGCACAAUUUCCUAAUCGAUUUCCACUAGAUAAAAAUCAAUUUAAUCAAAGGCCGAUAACUAAUAUGAAUGUGCCAAGGAUGUUUGAACCAGGACAAAAUCCAUCUAUGGUACCAAGACCUGUUGCAUCGAACGUUCCGGGACCAAAAGAUCCCAGAACGCCAGAAAAAGGGAUAUUGGUUCUUAGAUCGAAUGAUCCUGUAACUCUUCAGAUAACGAAUCUGCCACCAACAGUAACAUUUGCCAGCCUUUGCGGUAAGUUGUCGAAAGUGGGACAAGUUGUGUCUUUGGAGUUUACAACACCAGGGUGCGCUGUGGUCAAGUUUGGCAACCCUUCGGAAGCUGAGAGGUGUUUCCAUUAUUACAGCCCAGCGCGGUUUGGCAACGACCUUGGGAGAUGAGUGAUCAAUCAUUUCUUUCUAGAUGAUUCUAGAGUGAAUUAUUUUUGGUAUUGGAAUGUUUAUGGUAAGAUUUUUUUCCCAUGACGGACUUAGACGUUAAAUGACUGAGGUCUGGUGCACAAAUGCAGGGGUGAAUUGCUUUUAUAUGGGUGGGGAAAGAAACUCUUUUGAAUAAUAUAAAAGUGGAUAAAAUUUAUAUUAUUAUUCAUAAGUUAUGGGGAUAUAAGUGUGAAAUUAUAUUACUUACGUCCACUAGUUUUUGAAAGUCGGCAAAGAAGGGUAGUAUGAAACAAGAUAAGAAACACGAUCCGCCUUUGUAAAAUGUAUGAGAAUGAGUCAAGCGGAUAAAAAGUAGAGAAAAGAUUGAGAUUGGUAGUAAGAGUUAGAUAGGAGAAAAGAAACGGAUAGAGUUAAGAAAGAGAUGAGAUGUUUGUAAAUGGAGGGGUGGGGUAUUGGACAAUAAAAAAAAAUAUAUAUAUAAAUAUUCUUAAUAUAGAAAGUCUUGAUGUUUUUGAAUUAUAAGGCAAUCAUUUAUAUAAUCGGUGUCCAAAAUAUGACAAUGAUAUUUAAUAUGUAAUGUUAAUCAAAAUAUAAUUAAAUGGUUUCUUUUAAUAGCGAAUACCGACUGUAAAAAUAAAUUUAAUCCUAACCUAAAAGGGGGGAGAAUUUGUUGUGAAAUAAUUUCAUUAAUAAAGAAAUACUGGUAUUAAUGAUUUGUAGAAAAUGCUUUGCGAUGUUCAUAAAUUAUAUAACCGUGCCAAUAUUACUUGCUUAGAUUUAUAUUGCCUAUUUAUAUAUUAUAUAUUAUUAAAUAAUUAUAUAAGAAACAUACAUUAGACUCGAUUUAGAUUAAGAUACUAGCGUAUAAAUUGUAUUCUAAUAUUAGAUAAUGUUGUGUGCUAUUUUUAAAGUUAUUUAUUUACUAGCGGUCCGCCUCGGCUUCGCCCGUGGUACAUAUAUAGCCUAACACUGAAAGAAUUUUUCAAAACGGACCAGUAGUUCCUGAGAUUAGCGCGUUCAAACAAACAAACUCUUAAGCUUUAUAGUAUUAGUAUAGAUUUCAUAUUACUAACAAUAUAUUAUCUAUGUGUAAGUAUUUCUCCUAAAGUAACUGACAAUGAUCUGAUAUUUUUUAUAAUAUAACUUGUGGGCCGCCCCGGUCUUACCUUACCUCCUUGCGCCUUUAAUUUAUUGUCGGAUGUUAAAGACGAGCCGAAUUGGUUGUCGGGUCCUCGAGUUUUACUCUUAGAACCAUAUUUGUAAUUUUUAUAUUCAUAUAAGAUACAUUGUAUGUCGGUACUUAUAAGUGAUUUCACUCAGCUAAUAAAAUAUAUAUU